CCACGAGGUGACGUCACAACACAACAUCAUGGAGCCUGGGCUGGGGACUUCCCCUAACUCACCGUCCCGCCUCCGCAGUCCACUCACCUCCGUGGCCGACAUCGCUGCCAGACUCGUCUUCACCAGGUUCACUGAGCCUUUCGAGCUGGACGACGGGCGGCGACGAUGGGUGUUCGGAGGCGAGUUAUGGGCGUGUGAAGGGCGGCAGACGCGCCACUACUGGGCGAUGUUGUUCAGCGACCUGCUGCUGCUAACCGUCAUCAACAGGGACCGCGUGAUUUACGUCGUGGAGGAACCGUUGCUGCUCGCCGCCAUCGUCCACACCAACUUCAACGUCAAGAAACAUCCAACCGACCUCCGUCUGUUGCUGGACACGAGCGUGAGGCUCGGCACCGAGGCACGGCCGAGGCCGGUGAGGCGCGUGUGGCUGCGCCUCUACCGUAGCCUCCAUCGCGGCCUCACCCGCAGCCUCUCACUGCGAGCUCCAACUCCGGAGCACAAGGCCACGUGGAGCAACUUGUUGCAGCGAUGCAUAGUUUCGAGCAAGCGGGGCAGUGAGAGCUCUACAGCAAAGGCACACGAGGCAAGCUCUCCGACUCACGAGUCGAGUCUGGGACGCGCCUUCAGUCUCGACGCCUUACAUCUGCUCCGCUCGACAUCUCCCGCCACUCAUAGGGCUUUCAAGAACAAAAGUGGUUCCUUUGGAGAUCUUACGGACUCACGGCGAGCAGACGACCCGUCAGAAGGAACAAGUGCCACAGUGGAGCCCGGUCUGAAAAAGCCUUCUAUUCUUUAUCCAGACUUGAGAGUGGUCGCUGAAGCGUCUACUGAACAUCCAAGUGCCUUAAACAACAACCUAGAUUCUCCUUUCAAAAAUGUUGGUUUUCAGUUAGAGAUAGAAGAUAGUUGCAAUCCAAAUUCCUCGAGUAGAAAAAAUGUUGAAGUAGCUUCACAAAGUGACGAAGAUGAGCCCAUUCCUUAUGAGAGACCAAAACCUGAUCAAAAGAAGAAAGGAAUAAGUAGCAGGUUCAAAGCAAAGCUAUUCCCUGCAAAGCAGCUUCCAAAAAAGAAAGUAAACAGCUUGAAAAAGGUGGAGAAGUACGUAAACUCGUUGAACAUAAAUUCAGACUUCAUUGAGACCCGAAGUGUGACUCCUGUUUUUGAGCAAGAAGAGAAUUUGAACACGGAAGACUUCAUCCGAAAACGGAUUGAAUUUCUACGUCUGAGCGGCGGUGACUCGCUGCACGGUUGUGAGGAAAUAGUCGUGCUGGACAUGCCCGAGAGUCAGGAAGACCAUAUCGAGGCUGCGAUGGAACGUCGCCAGGCGCUACUGCGAUCCAGGGACGAGAAGAAAAACUCAUUGAAGUUGGAAGGCAUACAAGAAGAGUCGCCGCAAUUAUCUCCAAAACAUCACGUUACACUACCAACUCCUGAAGAAUAUGAAGGCUAUCUUGAUGCUGAAGUAGAACAGGAUUACCCAGAACUGGCGUCCACUCCGUGUUUAACGCCCGAUGACGACGUGAGAUUGCAGUCUGUGGAGAAGUCGUCUGGCGAAACACACAAGUCGGUCCAAAUACAAUCAGCUAGCGAUGAUACAGUGCAAGGUAGGAAGAAGCUGAAGUUAAGAAGUAAAAGCUUUGAACCUCCAACGCUAAAUAAAAGCUUAUGUAACCCUUCCUUUAUUAUCAGCGACAGAGCCCGUUCUCUGAGCGAUAGCCACGAAAGUGCUGAUUCCUCGUCUCAUCCACGCGCUAGCAAUAAUCUAGAAUCGGUGCGUAGUGUUUGUAGUUGUGAGAGUCACAAUGACACGCAGUAUUCUUCGAGUAAUUCAAGUGCCAGAGAGUCCCUCAUAAUCAGCUGUAUGGGUAGCAGCACCUCAGGCUACAGUAGCAUGUCGUUUGAUUCAUCCACAGUUAAUAGCUCGCAAAAGAAAGCUACACUCUUUUUGCCUGCCACAACCACGAGCUUGCCAGAAAUAUCCCUCCAGCCACCCACGCCACAGGCUCCAAAGCUCAGGCAAGGCUCUCGAAGUAGAAAAUCCUUGAAAAAUUUCAAUAUUCCUGGCUACGGGUCAAAUUUUUUGACAGUUCCUGGGUCCGAAGAAGAUGGAAGUAGAUAUCUCCCUGGUAAUCCUUUAGAGUUCAAUGAUGAAGGGAGCAGCAGUGGCAGUAGUAGCAGCGAUGAUGACUGCCGUGUUUCAGGCCCCAAUUCAACACGGGGCCCCAUGUCUCUAGGUCUGCUAAGGCGUUUCGGCAGCGGCUGCAACAUGUCUUCUGUAGGCCUCACUUUGCCUGAUUCCACAGGCGCUGACAUUCAGGAAGCUGAAGAAGUUCCAAGAUACGGUGCAGGCUUCAGCGGAAUGCUCAACUCAAACCAGCAGCGAGAUGAGCAAGCGUGGCUUGAGUGUGAAGUUUGGGGCCAACCGCGUAAUCAUGAAGAUCGUACAGCUGACAACGGUAACUCAGGGUUGUUUUCAGAAUUGGAAUCAAACUUCAUUGUACAGGAUGGAACGGGGAAAAAUUGGAUAGAAGAUUACCCGCAGAAAACUAUUGGAACCAGAAACUUCGAUUCUGUUGCAAAUAAAAUGGAUUUGUCAAUGCAAGAAACGCCAUGGCUUUCAGGCAAGACUUCUUUUGUAGCCGACAAAUGUGCCAUCUUUGAACGAGUUGCCGAAGAAGAAAACAAGAGGUUUGAAGAGAGCCAACAACAACGUAAAAUGAUCCAAAAGGUCCCCAAAAUGACAGGAGAAUACAUGAAAAAGUUUUAUGGACCUCAAAAUCUGAAUAAAAUUGCGGCCCGAGCCUCGGAUGGGCCUCAAUAUGGCGACUACGCCUCGGACUCGGAAGGCUACGACAGCGACGAGCCUAGUAGCCACCAUGCCAGCAGCCCUCAGUCGUCGCUGGUCAAGAAUCAAAAUUAUCUCUUACUUGAUAAUGCGAAUCAAAACAAGUCACACGAACAAGAAACACUCGAUAACAAGGCUUAUGUGUGCCACUACUCAGUGACCAGAUCUGACCAUGACCGACUGUACAGUCGCAGUUCUGAUGACGUUGGAGGUCAGACGUCGUCUGUCCCUCCUCACGUUCCUCGUUUGCGUCUCGUCAGCAGCGUAGAGGAAUAUCUUCCUCCAGUUGACGAUGACUCUUUCUCUCUCUGCUACAAUGACGAAGCCAGUGCUUACGAGGAGCCGCGCAUGGAUGGCUUGCGUCGAGCGUCCAGCUACUCAGGCGACUACAGCACCAUGCGGUCAGGCUUGGGACAGACGGGCGAGCCUGACACGCCAGAUGACAACGACGACGUCUUCGAGGAGCUCGACUACAAGGUGCUGCGGAACAUUUCGUCCUGAAUGCCAAGCUGAAAUUGCUGCCAAGAAAUUCGGUUCAAGCGACCAAGAAAAUGUUUGGACUUUGUAAGCCCGCAAAAAAUCUACAAAAAAGGAGGAUUUUUCGAUAUUUUGAUUAUACUAGUACAUAGACAUUUCGUAAUCUGAAAAUUAAACUUUUUACAGAGUUUCUGCCCCGACACAAACUUGAUAACAUAUAAUUUUAACCAGAAAAGACUUUGGACGAACUAUAUGUCUUUUUUGCGGGGAACCCAGCCAUUCGAAUGGCGACAGUAAGUAAAACACCGUACAAGAAAGACGAAUAAUCUUCAGAACAUUUAGGUUUGACUAAUAAGCGCCAGCAAUUGACUUGAAAAAUGUUGAAAAUUAUUAGUGAAAUAAGAGACUUCUUAUUUAUUUUUCCCCUUCGUGUGAUGUUUAAGUGUAAGUGGUAGAAUAAGAAUUUUUUGAAGAAAAACUACAGAAUCUAAUAUUAGUUGAGACGAUAAACUUGAAUUUUAAGUGGUUCAACUUUUUUAAGUUCAGUCUCUACGGUGUAUCAUCUCUUUCAUGCUCAUCUCGUCUAAAUUGCAUCUAUAUGAGUAUCUCAUAAAAAUGACAUUUUAAGUAUUUCUGUUUUAUCAGAGAAGUGCAUUUGUUUGUAGCGUCAUGUUUAUGCAGCUCUCAUGGUGCGUUGUGAAACAAAACUUCUUAUUGCUGGGAAUGAAAUUAUUUCCAUCUUCAUUAAAUGCAUUAUCCAGAUCAAAGUGAAUGUUUUUACAUGAUCAGCGAACUCUGCUAUCACGACUCUUCUACAUACUUUAUUUUUCGCAACUAUAUUUGCAAUUCCGGCAAUGAAGCUUACUACACUUGAGUAACUUGGUUCAAUCGAGCACUUGUGUAUAGCAGAUGCUGGACUGCAGGUCACGGAGCUGGUCUCUACACAUAUAUUUAUUAAUGUAUAGACAUACGUAUACACAUAUUCAAACAUACCAAUUUAGUUGCACUAUUAAUAAUUUUUGUCUUGGGUCACGUUGGUCCUUUUUUACCAGCAGCUAUGAACAGAUUUGAUUAAGUGCAUAUCAGAAAUAAGCGUUAGGCCUUGUUCCUAACAGCAAUGGUCAACAAUAAUAUUGUUGAGUCUGAAAUAAUAUCUGUACAUUCUUUUAUUUAUUUAUUUCGCACUCAGUAGGUUUUAUUGACAUUGAGUAAUUUUCAAUUAAUGGUAUUUCCGUUGAAUAAAGGAUUUUAAUGUUAUCUUCCGCUAUGUGGAGCCGCAAUCGCAACCUUUGUUUGAAUGACCGACGUUCCUUUUGAACAUUUCUCAGUGUUAUGUUAAAACUUGGUUAUUACGCUAAUAUGCUGAGGCGCGUUCACUAAUUAGCUCCAGGCAGUUCUGCAGUGUGUUGCUGACGUUGCUGGCAGUUCACUGCGAGUUUGAAGCAUCGGAGAGCCAUCUAUUAUUUUUGUUUUUUUUUUUGUAUACAAUCACUCAAAUACUUAUUUAACUAUGUGUCAAUAGACUGAACAGCUGCACCACGCCUGAGUUUAAUGAGAAAUCAGUCUGUCAUAUAGCAAGGGAGACUAAUCUGGACGUCUGGCAAGGGGCACCAGCGUAUAGUUUUGGGUUGCGUGUUGAGCGGCUACGAGAACUUUAUUGUAUAAUAUUCUAAACCGCACAUUGAGUUUUUUGGGAAGCACUAAUCUUUGGUGUGCAAACUUAGAUCGUUUCAAAUUAUUAUAGUAUUUACAAGUCUUCUUUAGACUGCAUUAAAAGCUCCACCUGUACAGAUUGCAACGAUAUCAUCAACCAGCACUCGCUUUAAUUGUUAUGCAAACUCUCCACCGACGCGUCACGGCCAAACUAAAGUUUUUCGCGUCACGACAUAGUUAGAAAUGACUGCACCGAUAAUAACUAAAUGCACCGUAAAUUGCACUUCAUCGCUCGGAUGUUCACAUGGGUUUUUAAAUUGCUAAGCAUUUGUGCUGUCUCAACGCGUCCACUUGUAAUCGCUUCCUCCAUUUAAGUGGAGUUCACUGCAGUUCAAAGCAAAGAUAUUAAAUUUCGGUCUUUCUCACGACUACCUUCCUAAUGUAGCUUUGAGCGAUUUUUCAUUAAACGUGAUUUAUCAACAGUGAUAUUUGUAUUAUAUUCUGAUGUACAACAUUACGUAAAUUAUAUAAGAAUGAUUUUAUCAUAUAUGUAAAUUACUUAUGAUGAGAUAAUGCUGAGGAAAUGUUGGGUAAAAAUCUAAUCGUAAUUUCACCUCUAGGGAGAGUUUUAAUCCUGAUGAUUGUCUGCUGUCCAAGUUACGAUUAAACACUUCGAUUUGUAUGUAUUGUGACCUCUAACGAAAUGUAUAUUGGGCCAAGCGAGGUCACUAAAUUCAUAAGAAAGAACGAAGGAUAAAAUUUAACAUGUCCUGAUUUCGAUACGUAAUUUAUAUUAUGGAUGUGAGUGCGAUAUGGAUGCUUAAUUCCACGAGUUCUAAAGGAUGUUAGUGGAAAAAUAAUAGGAUGACUACAUUAUCCUCCGGAAGAGUAGAGGAUACCCUCCUCCAGCGCAUUAAUUCCAAAAAAUAUAACUCAGUACUCACUGCA